UUGGUUGUUUUUACUUAAUACCUACUACGUGAAAUUUCAUAUUUUCUUAUUAUUUAUUCAGUUUAAUAUAUUAUUCUAUCUACAUAGGUAUUUAUAUUUUCAAAUUUGAUACAAUACGUGCUCAGUAUAAGUGAUAAAUGACUUUGUGAGUACUGUCCCAGGAAUUCAAUAAAUAUUUACUAUCUUAAUAUUUUUUAAAAGUAUGCUUCAAUGAGGUUGAUGUUUAGAGACGUUGUUUAAAAAUGAUCAAAUCUUCAUGUUUGGGCGCACAUCGCCCAUUGUCAGGACAACUGUACAAGUAUACUAAUGUAGUUAAGGGGUGGCAACAACGAUGGUUCGCUGUGGAUUCAGAAACUGGGGUUCUAUCGUAUUAUUUAUUUGAUGGCCCUGGAGACACAGUACAGCCAGGCCAACCUGCAAGAGGAGAGGCUCACUUAGCUGGUGCUGUGAUUUGUCCAAGUGAUGAAGAUUCUAAAACAUUCACAAUUAAUUGUGCUUCAGGGGAUAUGUUGAAAUUGAGAGCUACAGAUGCAAGAGCUAGACAGGAAUGGGUUAAUGGUCUAAGAGCCAUAGCGGAAGCACACACAAAGGCUAUGGGUGCAAAUCCUCCGCUGCAACCUCGAGAACAACUAGCAGUACAUGAUGCUAUGGCUUCAGCUAGACAGCAAUUGCAGUCAACAGAGCUCAGUGAUGCUGCACUAGCAAGGUGUAUAGAAUCGUCCGAUUCACCAUUCCCACACACAGAUCCAGAUUUACUACUUCUCAAGGCAAGCUCGGCAGCCAGUAUGCAGUGUCUGCUGCAGUGCCUGGGUAUCCUGCUGCGGCAACAGCAAUACGCGACCGUCAGCGUUAAGAGCAACAGUCAUGAUCAUCAUUAAAUAUUACAAGUUACGAUCUUAUUUAUUGUAGCUAGCGAUACACUGUGAAAGUGACCGCACAUCCCAGCCGCCCAGGUGAUCACCUAACUAUCAUCAGGUGACACGUGCUCGGGUUGCUCAAUUCCAGCAUUGUGGGCUACGCACAGGAAUUAAAAGAUUUUGAGACAGUGGUUUCUCGCUGGUAUUCGUGUGACAUUUGUUCAUAUCUAAGAUAAUUUCAGUCAUUGUUAAAAUAUUUUUUAAAAACUACCUGUAAGACUAGUUAGAUGUUUUGAAAUUACAAAUCUAUAUGACUGUAGUCCUCGCACGGAUGUUCAGUGUUGUCAUUGAAUGCACUUAAGUAUAUAUAUAUAUAUUAUUUCUCAAUGGCGGGGGCAUGCGCCACUUUAUGCUUGAUCAGCUUUACAGCGCAAUACGAGAAAAAAAAAUUAUGUGAAUAUUAAAAAAGGUUAGACAAUUAUAUUAAUAUAUUUAUUUCAAUUAAUUUGAUUAAUAAUAAAAUUAUGUAGAGGCAAGACCCAAUAUUGGACAUGAGGGUUUGAUACAUAAGAAUAUGUUUCAAAUGUAUUAGGUAAAACACUCAAUUUAAAUUAUUUUGUUAUUAAUCUUUGCAGAAAAAGAAAAAUAUGUCAAAGAAAUUGAAAUGCACGCGUCCCAAUAUAAGGCGAUAAGAAUGACUUAUCGGGUAUAUUGGGACAGCUUCAGGUUAUUGACAGCUAAUUACUGAAAGUAUCUGUAGAUAGUAUAUUGGGAACGGCCGUAAGUUUACUCGUUUUGGCGCCAAUACAUUCUUCAAUAUUUUGCGAUAAUAAAAUCGAUUGGGGUGAUAAAGAGAACCGAAUUGUUGCGUUUAUGAUGCAAUUUUUAAAAGUCUCCAUACGCUUGGUUUUAGUAAACUAUUUGUGUAUCGGGCUAUUAUUAGGUACAAUGAGUCCUCCUCUGUUUGUGACAGAAAAAGAACUGGCCAUCUGCGUAGUGUUGAUCCAAGAUCCAUCCAGGAGCAAUGCUGAAUGCUCCAAGAGCAGUUUUCAGCAUUAGCUGCCAUUAGCGGUCCAUUCUCUUUCUUGGAUACACGAUCAUUGGAGGCAUGUAUUGGGCACUACUGCUGAAACGUAUUUCAAUAGUUAUUGUAGUACCUUUAUCCGCAGAAGUAAGGUAGCGGUGCCAGUAGAUGGCCAUUUAAUGCAGUAGUUUUUGUUUUUAAACACUGUCUGUGUUGUUAAUCGGUCUAUGCACUCGGUGAAGGCGUUUUGCGAUAACUUAAACUCUGAUUUAUUAAGAUCAAUCAACAGAUUACUCCAGUUUAAAAAAUUCACGAAGAAAAAAAAAAUAAAAAGAAAUACAAAUACUAGUAGAUGGCCACUUGAGAUAAGUGAAAAAUUAGUAGAUGGCCACUUUCUCACUAGUAGUUGCCCACCCAGUUUCAAUGCUAUAUUCUGUGUUCUAAAUAAAAAUAAGCCUUAUAGACUGCUUCAUAACAAAUUUAUUUAAUUAUUUUAAAUAAGUCUAGUCUUCAAAGUGUUUCAUUUCAGGCACAUUAAAGAGGUCUCGCGUUUUGCUUGUUUUCUGAGGCUCCUUUAUGGUAGUGAUGACGUUUUUCCACUCGUAUUCACAAACGUCGGGCCGAACUGGCCAUUUCCAUAGCCGCCCCACUCUCGCCAUGGCAUUGAAGCGACCAAUGGAAGCGCCGUAAUAACUUUUCCGGGAUAAAACCUGCCGUCAUAACGAACGAUGACGAAUUCGCCGUUCACUUUUUUCGGAGGGAUAAGUUUGCUGUCACUAUCAUCCUCAUCCGUUUUUUCAUCGUCAAUGUCGCUUUCUGCCGAUGAGACUUUAACACUUGAGUCAGAAGAAUAAAACAGAUGUCUUCUGGUUUUUUUGGCUUGGGUGUCUUGAAACUUGCGGCGCUUUCGAUCUUCUCCUUCCAAUUUCUUCUGUUCCAUCAAUGCAUCUUUUUCCGCCUUCUUCCGUUUCCUUUCGUUGGCUCGCUCUAACUUCUGCUUUGCGAGAUUCUCCUUCCUUUCCAUUUUCCGUUUCAAGAAGAUCACAUAAUCUACUCCAAAAGCUACGGUGGGCAUUUUUUCCUUUGGCUUCCUUUUUGUAUCCUUGCUCACUUACGUCGGUACAUAAAAAAAGUGCUUUUUAAAGGGACUAGGCACAGUGCUAGUAGAUGAGGGUCCUGGUUGUGCAUGUAUAAGUCCGCAGUGGCUGAGUCGGAAAUCAGUGCUGGAAUGUUAAAGUCAGCUGUGCUAGAUGGUGGUCCUGGUAGUUCAUGUACAAGCUCCAUGUCCGCAGUGGCUAAGUCGGAAAUCGGUGCUGGAAUGUUGAAGUCAGCUGUGCUAGAUGGUGGUCCUGGUAGUUCAUGUACAAGCUCCAUGUCCGCAGUGGCUAAGUCGGAAAUCGGUGCUGGAGUGUUGAAGUCAGCUGUGCUAGAUGGUGGUCCUGGUAGUUCAUGUACAAGCUCCAUGUCCGCAGUGGCUAAGUCGGAAAUCGGUGCUGGAAUGUUGAAGUAGAUGGUGGUCCUGGUAGUUCAUGUACAAGCUCCAUGUCCGCAGUGGCUAAGUCGGAAAUCGGUGCUGGAAUGUUGAAGUCAGCUGUAAGUGGAGAUGCUGUCCGAUCCUCGUGCGUUAGAUCACUAUCUUCCUUUUGGAGGGCUUCUUCGUCAGUUUUGGUACUGUGCCAUAAGUUGAACAAUGACUUAUCAGUGGUGUCACCAGACCAAUCACCAAUUGUAGAUUGAAAUGCAAUCAAGGUGUCAGCAGGUAUUGAUUCAUUUAGAAAAUGUAAGCCUCUCUUUAAGAACAAAAUUUUUUUAGUGUUGUCCUUCUUCUCAAUAGCUUUCCCAGGGAUCGUAACUGCUUCGGGGUUCCAGGGAACAAGGCCACAUUUGCGGAAACCAUUCACUAGUAUGGAAGGGGUUAAGCUUUCUUCCAUCACCUCCUUAAGUAAUUUGGCGAAGUCUUUCUUCUUUAAAACGUGCCCCUCCUCGCUUUGAAUUUUUUCAAUCCGCCACAUGUGCACUCGCUUCCUCCAAGCCACCUUUAAAGGUUUAAAAACGGCCACGUCAAGUGGUUGCAGCAAAUGAGGAGCAUUUGGAAAGAGUGGUAUAAGUACGAUGCCUUUCUCAUGACAGAACUGGCUGCGUUGGUAAGACAAACGCGAUUUUUGUCCAUCUACGAAGAGUAUGACAGGUAACAUGAGGGUUUGAGAGGAUAGACAAGGGAAGAAUAUGUCAGCUAUGAACUCAAAAAAAGCUUCACAGGUCAUCCAACCCGAGUCGGUUUUUCCCAGUCCCCACCCUGAUGGAAAAUUGUCGGAAAUUUCAGCUGGAAUUCGCUUGUAAGGGUAUAUAAUUGUCGUAGGAGCAAAGGUGCCGGCCGCGUUUCCUGUAACAAGUACAGUCAAACACUCUUUGUCGUCAGCAUUAACAUGUUGGUAGACGUUUUCGUCUCCUUUUUUGCGAGGACCUUGGGUGUUUUAGGUGCCAACAUGAAAGCCGUCUCGUCACAGUUAAAGACUCUGUUGGGGUCAAGGAGAAGGUCGGCCCAACAUUUUUCUUUUAAUUUGUCUCCAACUUUUCCAAACCAUUCCCAAUUCCCAAAGAAUUUCCAAGAGAUUCCCAAGAAGCAAUAAUGCUUCUUCGUUGACGGCUGUUCUAGAAAACGUCAAGCUUUGCGAGGUUCUUGAGGCUAUUCCUUUAUUCCUCUUCAUAAAAAGUUUUAAAAAUGUUUUUCCUGGCUUAUUAUUCGCCUUAAAAAAUUUGCAGUUUCGUUUUAAAUAAUUCAAGUAUUUCUGAAUACUGAAGAGCAGCUGCUCGUGAGUAAUGGGGAAUCCAGCCGCUGCAGAUUCGUACACCCAUUGGCAUAUUCUCUCCUCUUCUUCUUUUAUCAGCAUAGUGGCUGGGCCCAUCUUCCUUGCAAGAGGAGAUUUCCCGGUCACUUUAUUUGCAAGAGUCUGCUGAGGGACUCCAAAUUUCUUGGCGGCAGCACGUAUCGGUGUGUCAUGGAGUCUUACGUCGUUAACGGCUUGGGUCAUGGCCUCUUCACUAUAACUUAAAAACGCUCCUUUUUUUCCUGGCAUCUAAAAAAUAAAAAAUAAAGUUAGUACUUACCUAAAAUGGAAUACAGGGACAAAAUUAGUAAUUGGCCGAAAUAAUAGUCAGUCAGUCAGUUGCCCACCCGGCUCAUUACUGAAAAUUAAAAAUAAAACCCAAAAAAUGUUAAAGCAUUUUAAUUUUAUUAACUUUUUAGGUUAGAUUAAAAAAUAAUGAAGCAAAAUAAACUUGAAAUAGAAAAUACCGGACGGGCAACUAUCAAAUUAUUUUGACUAACAGAUGCUAGUAAUGGGCCACCCCAACAAACUAUAAUGUAAGCAAAAAUGCAUUUUUAAAACAAAUGUGGACUCAAACCCACUAUAAAUCCUAAAACCAAAUUAUCCAAACAAAAUAACAUGAUUUGCCAUCAAAAUCUUUCGAAUGAUUGACCUCUUUGCUUAAUAAAUAACAUAAGAAAUUACCUUGUUUUAAUCUGACGACCACCGAUUCAAAAGUCUGAAUUCGCCAUCUUGAAUAUCACGGCUACCAACAUGACGGCGUCUAUUUUUUUGUGUUGCCAGAUGAUCAUAGCCUAUAAGCUAACAAUGCGUAAAAAAUGUUAUAUAAAACUCUUGUUAUAAGCAUUUUUAGGGAAAGUGGCCAACUACUGAUGCAUGGCCAUCUACUAGCACCGCUACCUUAAUGGAUACCACUUGUUUUACUUUUCGUGCAAUUAUGUUUGAUCUCGUUGUAGGAUCCACUAAAAUUCCUGUUUCAUCACGGUUAUAAAUUCUGUCGGGUGGAAGUUUAUGUUCAUCAUAAAACUGUUUAACAGCUCGCUUAUUAAGCCUAGGGGCACGUGCAGCUGAAGUGCUUUCUGGUUUUCUUAUCGACAGUUCUGGGUAUCUGCUUAAAAAUACCUGAAGCCAAUCUUUGCCAGCUUCACCUUUGUAACAGUUGAAAUAUUAUGUUUCUUCUAUUUUUCCCGCCAAUUAAUAAAUCUAUUUCCAUAAAGACGACUUUUAAUAUCCAAAAUAUAAUUACAAAGUUUGUUUUCUUCUUCCGAAAAUAUUCGCUUUUUUGGGCCUUAAUACUUUAAUCGAUGCAGGAGCAACAGGAUAUUUCAGGGCUUCGAGCUGCUGAGACUUUCUAGGGUAGAUUGUAGCACAGAGAAUGUUUAUGAUGCUGAUGAUGAUGUGUGGCGUUGUAUUCAAAGCGCGGUCGUAACUGUACAACUGAACGAGAACUCUGCCUAAGGCAGAGUUUUGAUUAGACAAUUUUUGAGUGUGAUUGUGAGUCUAGUUCUUUAAUGUACGCAGAUUGUCCGUGAAUGGUUUCAUUAUUAAUUUCUUGUUUACUUACGGCUAGUUGCAAAAAACAUUCUUAAAGUUAAUGUUUCAUUAAAUAUAAUACCGUCACUUUCUUUUUCAUUUCGAUAGUCAAAGAUAGCAUGUGAUAUAAUGAAGGAUUCAAGGAUGCUUUCGACAACUAGCGGUUAGCUGUUAAGUAAAGGGUUCCACGUCGAGACUAAGCGGACUCUACUAAACACUGAAGACCUACUUCAUUAAUUCAUCCAUAUAAAUUCUUCUCCUCCUUACCGUAUGUAAUAUACCCUUAUUUUAAUCUCUUUGUUAUACCGUGAUAGAUAAAUUUAAAAAUAAAUUUCAAUGACAAA